GAGCAAUCCGAUGAGUUGCCGCUUCUUAUCGUAAGACAGCUUGUAUUGUAUAUAUCUUUCGCUGGUUAUGUCAGCGAGUGUCGUAUAGAUCAAAAUAAUGUGUCAAGGUCAGGCAUAUGUGUAUCACAUAACGAUGCCAACACGCAAAUGCGUAUAACGUUUAUACAUCAAGACGGACUUGCAAAGGCAUCUGCCAUGAGAGACGAGUUCGAAAGUUUGAAUACACAUAUUCUACAGUCGUUUCAGCAACGCCCUGCGCUCAUUGCGGAUACGUGGGACGAGUGCAGUAGUAUCAAAGAUAUCUAUAUGGAAUGUGACAGUAAAUACACAGCUUUUAGUUUAUUUCAGAAAGGGUGCACCAACACAUGUCCCGCUGGUACUGUCGUGUGUUCACGCAGUAAGAGAUACGGACCUAACGGGUAUCGUCCUGCGCUGUAGCUGUAUUAAAACUCAGUGCAACGGUGUUGCAGGUGUUCACCAUACUGUCGAUAACAUGUAUAAACCUGGCGAGGCUUCUAUUAUCAUGGCACUGCCAGACCAGUUUGGUACUGAUAUGGUAAACGCAUUGAUGUCAUUUGCUGCCAACAGCAACGUACUAGCCAAUGAGCUCGCUGAUAGCCUCGGCUCUCUAGCAGCAUGGUGCGGGGUAACAUAUUGUUCUGAUUCAGGUAUAUGUAUAACUCACAACGAUGAUAUCUCGCGAAUAGUUAUGGUCUUCUUGCAUCGUGACGGAGAGAGGUAUGCCACCGCUCUCAAAGAUGAGUUUAUAGAAUUAAAUUCCGAACUGAUACGUAUGUACAGGCCACAACUGACACUCGUUGUCAGUGCAUGGAACAUUCGGGAUUGUGAUGUAUACACUAAAUGCGAAGAAGCUUGGAACGAAUUUGUACUGUUUCAGCGAAUGGUUUCAGGUGAGUCAUAUGACACAUCAGUCUAUGUACGUAAAUCUGCUUGAAGAGACCGUAACUGCCAUGCACUUGCCAGUU